CUCCGAACACCCAAGCUACCCCCUACACGUGUACCUACCUGCCGGGCAUCAAAAGUCUAGGCUGGCCGGCCCCGGUGUCUUGACUUGAUUGCCCACCCUUCCUCAUGUACAUGAAGCCGUGUGUCGCCUGUCGUUGACCACGGGUCGGGUUUGCGGCAUGGAAGCCCCUAUAACCGCAUAGCAACAUCCUCCCGUCGACGCUCCGCUGGCACCCGUCCCAGGACUAGCACGGCACCAUGGGCAACACACAGUCCUCCAUUGAGGCUCCUCGGAGGCUGUCGCACAGGCUAUCGAAGCCGAAAACGGGCAAUCAUGCGACAGCAGGCCUGUUGAGCCCCAACGCCUUCUCAAGUAGCUCGAGACGCUUUUCGAACGCCCGCCUGAGCUCCAACCUCCCAUACCCACCACCUCCAAGCCCGUCACCAGCCUCUACGCCAACAACAGCGACGACGGUGACGUCCGCAGACGAGACAACCGCCAAUGCAGAACAGGGUAUAGAGAGGAGCGCGUCGGUCAUCGUGCCGCUUCCCCAAGACAAAGAGCGGAGGAGGAGGAGCUUGUUUCGCUCAAAGUCGUCCCAGGCCACCUCUGAUCCCAAGCGGCGGAACAGCAGCCUUGGGCCAGUUUCGCGGGUGGCAGACAAGGUGGGCAGGGCAAAUUCCAUGACGUACGAAUCCGCAGUUGCGUACUAUGGACAACCGGGCCCGGAGAGUUGGCCAGUGCCGCCGAGAUCACGUACUUCGUGGAACUACGACUUGACGUCCUACGAAGCCAAGCGUCUCCUCAACCUCGCCGAAGAACCAGCUCUUGAGCUCGCGACGACCAUGUCUGAAAGCAGAACCGUGGUCACGGAGACGACAUGGAAGAGCUCGAAUCCGACAAACUCGGCAAAACCGGCGAGCACUCCAGUCAGCCGUGUCAACUCGGACUUGUCACUUUACAUGCCGGUUCGGCGGCGGUCUGUCAUACAGACACCGGGCGUGGCGACGCGUUCGAACUCGGCUCGCGAGAGCCCUGUCGCGUCGAUGCCGAAUUUCCGCUUCAGCCAUCCGCCGACGCCAAACUUGUCGAGGCAGCAGUCUUUCGAAUCUUACCGGGGUGGGGUUGUGUCGCUGCCGCCCCCUCUCCAUGACCCGGAUUCUACCCCUCGGGUAGUAACGCCCUGUGAGGACAAAUAUCAAUCAAUUGGGGCAUUCAAGCUCGGGUCUCUGCGGAUAACAAAUGGUGCUGCUAGCCCUGAGAUCGAGAAGACGCGUAAAAGGGGAGAGCCGGGCCAGGACGGCAUUGAGGGACGAGGUGAUUAUUUUGGAGGAGCACAGCCAGGAGAAUUUGGUGGUACGGCGCGUGCGGCGGUGCAGCCGCUUGUGCAGCAGACCGAAGCGCCCCUCCCGAGGAUUGAGGCUCCGCAGCCGCGGGCUGCACGACUCAGCCCGAUUGCUUCCUCAUUUCUGAGCAUUGAGACUACUCGUAAUGUCUCAGGCUCACUGUCUCAGGAGCCUGCCGUAACCACAUCGGACGUGCCGUUCGAGUUUCUGGCCGAGAUCGACUUCACCCCGUUCUCUCUGAGUGAUUCGCCGCUUCUUAGCCCGCAGCUACAGACCACCUCCAAGGCUACCGCUCUUGAUGAUGAGCUGUUCGAAGAUGAUGCUCAGCCAGAGUACUCAUUUGUGGAGGUGCUCGAUGUUCGCCUGGAUCCGAAUGCGAAACCGCCCCACGGGCAGGCUGACCGUACCACCGACACUGCCGUUGAGAGGUCCGAUAGUGGCUUUGUGUCUGUGUCCACGAAAAGCCCGUCCACAGAAUCAGCCCACAAGCCUCUUACAAAGGCCGAUUCGGGAUAUAGUUCCAAUGUUUCGCUGCGAUCAUUCCAACUGAAGACCCAGGGCCUCCAAGAAGGCCUGGAAUUAUCACUUGAGAAACAGCCGUCUCAGUCAAGUCAGAAAAGCUCGGAAACACCGAGCUUACCAAGCCAGCUUCAUGAUGUAUCGUCUGGUGUUUUGUAUCCAGCGGCACCCCAGAGAGAUCCCCCUCCCCCGCCCGUCCCCCCCAAGGACCUCCAUUCGACCUCGCCUAGGCCAUCGCCGAUAAAAGCGAGUUUCGUUCCGACGAGGAGUCUUUCUGACCAUAGCCGCACCACGGAGGUCUAUCUCAGUCCGGCAGGCGCAUUGAGGGCAGCGAAGCAUGUUCCAUCCCCAAUCCUCAGUCCUCCUUACGACGCCGGCAGACUCAAAUCGCCCGAAACCACUCCUCUCACCCCAACAAGCGCAACGUCCGUGAGAUCUGACAACUCGUGCUCAGCUUUGAGCAUUGGGAGUGGGUCACGCCGGCCCGGGAAGUUGCAGAGGUUUCUCAGCGGAGCUCGCCACCCUGCCGCUGGACCACUUACGGUUCACGCGACGCACGUGGUUGAGAAGAUUGGCAUUCCGUCCAUACCCCAGGAUGUCGAGCAUAAGCUUCGCGAGCGCAUUGGGCUAUUCCCCACAACAACCAAGAGGCUCGCUUUGAAACCUCGUUCCAGUAUGGACACGUUGAGAACCAUCUUCAGCGUCGGAAGCAUGGACGCCAGUGUCGAGGCUCUCAAUUCCGUCCCAACCGCAGUCCCAACUGUUGCUAAAGUUGUCGAGGUCGACGACGAAGAUGCCCCCGAGACCAAAGGAAACUCUUGGAAGCAGACCUUGCAAUCAGCGCCCUCGUCUUUUGUACAGGUGGCGGCUCAUAUGAUAAAUCCAGUGGCGAGGAAACCGGUUCCUGUCGGCCACCAGUCGCUCAAGGGGGAGGGUCAAAUCGUGAAGGAGACGCCAACAGCAGAUUCCACGGUCCCCGAUACCGCAGAAUCGACAACAGACAGCGAAGGCGGGAGCAGUGUUGACAAUAUCACUGCAGCGCGUACCGAGGUGGAUGAUGGCGGAGUCACUAUCCUGUCGCCAACGCCGACAAGGAGAAGUAUGAGUCUUACAGCAGGUACCGCGCGUGGCUGGGAUGCGAGAUUGCCUGCUGUGAUCCCGCCGACGACUAUGUAUUCGAACCCAGACCUCCCAGUUUCCGCUCUUCCGAGUCCGCUCCUCGCGAGAGCAGUGGCUUCUGCGGAGACCAAGGCGAGGAGGUCUCCACCGGUUAGCAUGAUGACCCGGAGAUCGAUGCCGCUCAGAGUACCCCCGCCCUUGCGGUCGCAGUCGUCGACAGCAAGCCUUACCCGCCAGUCUAGCCGGGAGAGCCUUCAAAGCUACCCAUCUACACAGCCGCUUGCGAAGAAGGCCAGCAGAGACAGCAUCCACAGUUAUCCCUCUCAGCAAGGAGAAAUGGUGACAAACAGUCUCAAACACUCGGCUUCCACGCCUACCAUGGACCCGCGGCGGAUUAUGUCCUUUCGACACUCUCAGCCUGCCCAGCCUUCUCAAAGCAAAACUCCCAACUGGGAUGUGCAAACUGACCAUGACUUGAGUCGCCGUUCGUCUCAGACCUCUUUGAAUGGGGCUUGGGAGGCCCGAAACGGCCAGCCGCCGCCGCUUCGGCAUCGUGCGAGUUACGAUGGUUACAGCUACCAACAGAGGCGUAUCCAAAAAGGCCAUCCCCCGUCAAUGUCAAAUGGCUACACGGCUCCUGCCAAGCCGGCGGUUGACCCCUGGAGUAGCAACCAGUUUGAUGCCAUAGUCGGACAGCGUAUCCAAGAUGGCCCCUACCCACCACACGUGCCCCGAGGUCACCACCGAACGCACAGUGUAGGAAACCGCAGCGGUCACAAUACCAAUCCGCCAUACCGAAUCUUGCACAGUUAUAACUCCCCCGCAUAUCGAAACGUGCCGAUCUGGGGCUAG